AUGCUAGUACGAGUACGAUCCAAGGAUGGCAACUUCAGGUUUGAUCUCCAGCCGUCUGCCGAUAUAUCAGAGCUGGUGUCCAAAAUACUAGAGACUGCUCCAAAUGCAGAUCCUUCGACACUGACAAUGUCGAAUCAACCCCGAGGGGGCGAGCAGAAUGUCUCUAAUAUCCGCGGUAGAACGUUACAGAGUCUUGGUCUGAAACAUGGGGAUCUGAUCUUUGUCUCGUACAAAGAGAAAUCGUCGUCAACUCCAUCCACGGCCGAGCCAUCUACAUCCACUGCUCAGCCUCCCGCCACCACCACGGUUGCUCAAGGAAGUAGGAUAUGGGAAACAGUGCAGGAGGAUCCCGUAGACACAUACUGGCGCUCCAAAGAUGGGAUGAUCCCCCGAGGACGUGAUGCCACGUUCUGUAAGCACGGUGCAAAGGGUAUGUGUGACUACUGCAUGCCUCUGGAACCGUAUGACGCGGCCUAUCAUAAGGCCGAAGCCAUAAAGCACCUUUCAUAUCACGCCUACCUCCGCAAGCGCACACCAAAGGGCAAUCCCACCUCUGCCUCGAUGGCCCUCCCACCUCUAAAUCCGCUUGAUUAUCGCGUCAAAGUGCCAUGUCCAAGUGGCGGGCAUCUCCCGUGGCCAGCUGGUAUCUGUACCGGUUGCCAACCCUCGGCGAUCACAUUACAGUCCCAGCCAUUCCGUAUGGUCGAUCAUCUGGAAAUUGCCUCAAUGGAUAUUGUGGACAGAUUCCUCCAAGCUUGGCGCAAAACAGGUUUACAGCGAUUUGGAUGGUUGAUUGGCAGGUACGAGCCGUACGAUAAAGUCCCUAUGGGUGUGAAAGCCGUCGUCGAAGCGAUCCACGAGCCCCCACAGCAAGGCGAACUAGACGGGCUUACGCUGGGCUUGCCUUGGGAGGAUGAGCCACGUAUACUCGACCUUGCCAAAUCAGCUUCACCACCGUUAACCAUCGUAGGUUAUAUCUUCACCGAUCUGGACCCCACUCCAGAAGAUCGCACAAAGAACGUCUACAAACGACACGCUAACUCCUUCUAUCUCUCCUCCUUGGAGGCUAUCUUCGCCGCAACUCUGCAGAGACAGCACCCAACUCUUUCGCGUUCUUCACCGACCGGGAAGUUUGAAUCCAGACUAGUUACGGCGGUAUUGACUGCGACGGAAGACGGACAGGUGGACGUGGCUGCGUAUCAAGUAUCAGAGCAAGCUUGUGCGAUGGUGGAGGCCGAUAUGAUCGAGGCCAGCGUGGAUCCAGGUAUCGUUCGCGUAAAAGAAGAAGACAGGACGCAGGGAUCUGCGAGAUACGUUCCAGACGUGUUCUUCACUUACAAAAAUGAAUAUGGUCUCGAGGUCAAGAAGAGUGCAAAACCGUGUUUCCCCGUCGAAUAUCUACUGGUCAACGUCACUCAUGGUUUCCCGCAAAGCCCAUCGCCAUCAUUCAGGUCCACAAAAUUCAGCAUCGAGAAUCGACACGGGAUUGAAGAGCAACAAGUCGAGCAAGUCAUGCAAACCCUCAGAGAUCUCGGCGCUCUGAAUAUGCAACCAGGAUCAAGUAAUGACUUGCACAAGCGCGUUGAGUUGGCGAAGUGGCUGAGCGAUUGGCAUCUUGUUGCGUUCCUGGGAACUACCCAACUGUUCUCUGCGGAGGACAUGAAGAUCUUAGUGCAGGUAACAUCGUCGCCAAGGCUUUUAGAGGAACCCCAGUCGUUGGAUGCACUAUUCGCCACUGAAGGCUGGCAAACAUUCAUGACGAUUGUCCGUGAAAGUGCUCCGUCGCGCCCUCCGCAGCCUACGGUGACUUCCGGCAACGAUGACAUCCCUCAGGAUGUAUUGGAUCAAAUUGCUGCUGAGGAAGCUGCUUCCCAUCCCUCGGGAUCGGGUUCCAGCGGCCUACGAAUCUGCCCUCACUGUACCUUUGAAAACGAACACAGCGGCAGAGAUUGUGAGGUCUGCGGAUUGCCUUUGUAA